AUGGAGAAACAUCAAGUUUUGUUCCCUACCUCUUCUUCACCGUCUACUUCUCCAUUCGGUGAUCAUAUUUCUAUUGGGGCUGUUAAAAAGGAUGAUUUUUUAAAAACUCAAAGGCCAAGCCAGAAAGGUGGCAAAGAAAUGAAGCAGCAUAGAUAUGUGUUUCAAACAAAGAGCCAGAUUGAUAUACUGGAUGAUGGGUACCGGUGGAGAAAGUAUGGAGAAAAAUCCGUGAAAAACAAUAAAUUCCCUAGAAGUUACUACAGAUGCUCAUAUCGAGGUUGCAAUGUAAAGAAACAAAUCCAACGUAGUUCCAAGGAUGAAAAGAUCGUAGUAACAUCCUACGAAGGGAUGCAUACUCAUCCUGUCGAGAAAUCAGCUGAAAGCUUCGAUCAGAUCUUGAGAAACUUUCACGUAUACAACCAACUGUCCAACUAUAUAAUGUAA